CAACUUAGCAUUGAGAGAAAAGUUCAUCGGAGCUCUCUCAAACCACCGCACAACAUGACAAUGUGCACAGUGCAGUGAAUCUCCUGAUCACAGGCAGGCAGUACUGGGCACUGCCCGCCAUGCAGGGCCGGGCAGGAAAAGACCCCAAACGGGAGAUGGUGAUAGAGUCACCACAGAAGUACAAGUGCUUGGCUGAGAUUGAUGCAGAGGUGGAGGCUGGGUCACAGGUGGCAUCGGUCAGGCCCAAGGUCAUCGAGCCUCUGGACUAUGAGAGUGUGAUCACACAAAGCAAAAUGCAGAUCGUCAGUGAUGCUCUGCGGGACAUGCUGCAGUUCCCUGUGGAUGACUUUCAGAUCUGCACUCUGAGCCGCCAAGGUCGGACUGUGCUCUCUACUGUGCCAGAAAAUGCAGAACAAGAAGCACAGUCACUGUUUGUCCAAGAGUGUAUGAAAACAUAUAAGUCAGACUGGCAUGUGGUCAAUUACAAGUAUGAGGAAUAUUCCGAGGACUUCCGACAGCUUCCCAAUAAGGUAUCAAGGCCGGAAAAACUGACCAGUCACCUUUUUGAGGUGGAUGAAGAUGUGGAAAAAGAUGAGGACACAGACUCCCUUGGGUCUCACAACGGAGGAGUGUCUAAACACGGUUGGCUGUACAAAGGCAACGUGAACAGUGCAAUCAGUGUUACUAUGCGAUCCUUCAAAAGGAGAUACUUCCAUCUAGCUCAGCUUGGUGAUGGAUCAUACAACUUAAAUUUCUACAAAGAUGAAAACACCUCCAGGGAACCCAAAGGAACGAUCUUCCUUGACUCGUGCAUGGGCGUUGUUCAGAACAAUAAAAUAAGGAGGUUCGGCUUUGAGCUGAAGAUGCAGGAUAAGAGCACAUUCCUGCUGGCUGCAGAGAGUGAACUGGAGAUGGAGGAAUGGAUCAGCACCCUCAACAGAAUUCUCCACAGCAGUUUUGAACAGGCGAUGCCGGAGAAACAUCACAGGGAUUUACGAGAUUAUGAGGAUGACAGAAAAGCCGACCUCUCCUCUGGACAAGACAGCUUUCAGACGGCCAGAGAUAUUGAGUUUAAGAUGAGGAGUGAAGCCAGGCUGAAACUGUUUACAUUGGAUCCUGACGUACAGAGACUGGAUUUCACUAGCAUUGAGCCAGAUGUGUGUCAGUUUGAGGAGGAAUUCGGAAAGAGGGUCAUGGUCACCUGUCAUGGCUUGUUGUUCAACCUGCAGUGCUGCAUUGCAGAGAAUGAAGAGGGGCCAGUAACUAAUGUGGAACCUUUCUAUGUGGUUCUAUCCCUCUUCGAUGUUCAGAACAGCAGAAAAAUCUCAGCUGAUUUCCAUGUGGAUCUCAACCACCCGUUGGUUCGUCAAAUGACACAAGGCUCUGCUUGCGGCCAUGACUUGCACAUGAAUGGCUGUAAGGGUGAGGAUCCCUUUGGUAGCCAAAGGCUGGCCAGUGGGUUAUCAGAGACAGCUCUCCAAUACCCCAAACAGGGGGUGUUCUCAGUCACAUGUCCCCAUCCUGAGAUCUUCCUGGUGGCAAGGAUUGAGAAGAUCCUCCAAGGAGGGAUUACCCAUUGCACUGAACCCUACAUGAAGAGCUCAGACUCUACAAAGAUGCCUCAAAAGGUACUGAAGAAUGCAAAGAUGGCCUGCAGCAGAUUGGGCCAGUACCGGAUGCCGUUCGCCUGGUCUGCAAGGCCUGUGUUUAAAGAUGCAUCAGGAACUUUGGACAAAAACACUCGCUUCUCAGCUCUUUACCGACAAGACAGCAACAAGUUAACAGAUGAGGACAUGUUAAAAUUUCUCACUGACUUUAGAAAACCAGAGAAAAUGGCUAAACUUCCCAUGCUCUUAGGGAAUCUGGAUGUAACUAUUGAUUGUGUGGCCCUGGAUGUUACCAAUUGCCUCACUUCCUCCUAUAUCCCUUUGAGGAACUUUGAAGUAAAUGGGUCAAGCAGCACUGCUCUGGAGGUGGAGGAAUUUGUACCCUCCAUUGCCAAGUGCUCCAAACCCUUUACCAUCUAUAAAAACCAUCUUUAUGUGUAUCCAAAGCACCUCAAAUAUGAUGGUCAGAAAUCUUUUGGUAAGGCCAGGAAUAUUGCAGUUUGCAUUGAAUUCAAGGAUUCUGACAAAGAGGAAGCCCAGCCACUGAAGUGCAUCUAUGGCUGUCCUGGAAGUUCUCUAUUCACCAAACAGGCCUAUGCGGCUGUUUUGCACCACCAACAGAACCCUGAGUUCUAUGAGGAGAUAAAGAUUGAGUUGCCAACUCAACUGCACCAAAAGCACCACCUUCUUUUUACCUUCUAUCACAUUAGCUGCGACAGCAAAAAGAAGAAGAAAGAUCUGGUGGAGACUCCAGUGGGCUCAGCAUGGUGGCCUCUGCUAAGAGAUGGCAGGGUCAACAUGGCUGAACAGCAGCUACCAGUGGCUGCUCAUUUACCCCUGAGCUACCUCAGUUCCCUUGAUGCUGUCACUAGGCAUUCUGGCUUGGACAUCAAGUGGGUUGAUGGAGGAAAGCCUCUGUUCAGAGUCUCAGCGCUUCUUGUUUCCACAAUUUACACUCAGGAUCAACACCUGCACAAUUUCUUCCAACACUGUGAAAGCAUUGAAGUUUCCGAACAAGCAUCAGAGGGCAGGCUGGUGAAAUUCCUAAAGAGUCUCCACGCUGUGGAGGGUCAUAUCAUGGUGAACUUUCUGCCCACCAUCCUCAACCAGCUGUUUUGUGUCCUCACCAGGGCCUCGCAUGAAGAUGUGGCUGUCAAUGUGACAAGGGUAAUGGUGCACAUUGUAGCACAGUGCCAUGAAGAGGGGCUUGAGCGUUACCUGAGGUCUUAUGUCAAGUUUGUCUUUAAACCAGAGCUUUAUUCUUCCAACAAUCUAAAAAACGUUCAUGAGGAGCUGACAAAAGCCAUGACAGCAAUUCUGAAGCCAUCCACUGAUUUCCUAACAAGCAACAAGCUGUUGAAGCACUCGUGGUACUUCUUUGAAGCGUUGGUCAAAUCAAUGGCUCAUUAUCUCAUAGAGAGUUGUAGAGUCAAGCUAUCAAGAAACCAGCGUUUUUCUGCCUCCUUCUACCAUGCUGUCGAGAGCUUGGUCAUUAUGGUGAUGCCUCACAUCACCCAGAAAUACAAGGACAACCUGGAUGCAGCACGCAAUGCUAAUCACAGCCUGGCAGUUUUCAUUAAACGGUGCUUCACCUUUAUGGACCGUGGUUUUGUGUUCAAGCAGAUCAAUAACUAUGUGAACUGCUUCAUACCUGGCGACCCCAAGACUUUGCAAGAGUUUAAGUUUGAGUUCCUGAGAGUUGUGUGCAACCAUGAGCAUUACAUCCCUCUCAAUCUUCCAAUGCCAGUUGGAAAAAGCCGCAUACACAGGUUUCAAGAUUUUCAACUGGACUACUCCCUGACUGAUGACUUCUGUCGAAACCACUUUCUGGUGGGUCUGCUGCUGAGGGAGCUGGGGAGCGCGUUACAGGAGAGCCGAGAGAUUCAGCAGAUCGCCAUCCAGGUGCUGAAGGGGCUGAUGGUUAAACACGCAUUUGAUGACCGCUAUGCUGCCAAAAGCUAUCAGGCCAGACUUGCCACACUCUACCUGCCCUUGUUUGGCCUACUGCAGCAGAACACCCACAGACUGGAAAGCAAGGAGUUUGUCCUUCCAAGUCACCAAAAAAACCCGCGGGAGGACUUGCUGGUGGUGAACUCACUGGUGACCCCACAAAAGCAUAGCACUUACAUAGACAGUGCUCUUCACAAAGAUGUUUUCGGAGCAAUUCACAUUGCAGACUCCAGAAGCUCCCUGGUUUCCACUGACUCUGAAAGCAGCCUGCUGGACAAGAGUUAUGACGGGGCACACUCCCAGGAUAAGAACCAGUCUGCUUCAUCUUUGGGAAGCGCUGUGCUGUGUUGCAACAAAAUGGACCGAGAAGAGAGCAAAAACCUGCUCAUGUGCUUUUUGCAUAUCCUCAAGAGCAUGUCAGAAGAUGCCCUUUAUGCAUACUGGAAAAAAGCAUCAUCAUCUGAGCUAAUGGACUUUUUUACACUCUUAGAAGUCUGUCUUCAUCAGUUUAGAUACAUGGGGAAGCGAGUCGUUGUCAGGAACCAUGAUGUGGCAAUGCCUCUGGGUCCAGCAGAUCGGAAGUCGUUAACUUUGCCUGUGUCUCGAAACAGGGCAGGGAUCCUGCAUGCCCGCUUGCAACAGCUUGGGACAUUGGCGGUUUCACACUCACUCAACAACAUGUACUCCCAUACAGAAGUCGAUGUAAGCAGCCAAUGUUUGCUGGAGGCCAACGUGUCCACAGAAGUCUGUUUGACUGUGCUGGACACACUGAGCAUUUUCAUUAUGGGAUUUAAGAGCCAGUUGAACUCAGAUCUUGGCCACAAUCCACUGAUGAAGAAAGUAUUUGAGGUGCAUCUGUGCUUCCUGCAAAUACCUCAGUCUGAGGCUGCUCUCAGGCAGGUCUUCACCUCACUGAGGACUUUUAUCUACAAGUUCCCCUGCGCCUUCUUUGAUGGCCGGGCCGACAUGUGUGCCUCCUUAUGCUAUGCGAUCCUGAAGUGUUGCAACUCCAAGCUGAGCUCCCUCCGAAAUGCCGCUGCCAAUCUCCUUUACAUUCUAAUGAAGAGCAACUUUGACUACACCAGAUGUAAAUCGUUUGUCAGAACCCACCUGCAGGUAGGUAUUGAUGAAAAUCAUUCUUUGUUUGUCCAUCCAGUGUUUGAAUCUCAUUUGUUUGCUCUGCAUUCUGCUCAGGUGGUAAUUGCUGUCAGUCAGCUGAUUGCUGAUGUCAUCGGCAUCGGUAGCACACGUUUCCAGCAGUCUUUAUCUAUCAUUAACAAUUGUGCAAAUGGUGAUGAAAGCAUCAAGCAUACUGCGUUCCCAUCAGAUGUGAAGGACCUGACCAAACGAAUCAGAACAGUGCUGAUGGCAACUGAGCAAAUGAAGGAGCAUGAGAACGACCCAGAGAUGCUGGUGGACCUCCAGUAUAGUUUGGCCAAGUCGUACACAAGCACGCCAGAGCUCCGCAAGACCUGGUUGGAUAGCAUGGCACGGAUCCACAACAAGAAUGGCGACCUUUCAGAGGCAGCCAUUUGCUAUGUCCAUGUUGCAGCUCUGGUAGCUGAGUACUUGUGGAGGAAAGGAAUGUUCAGGCAUGGCUGCUCAGCAUUUCGCGUCAUCACUCCAAACAUUGAUGAAGAGGCAGCCAUGAUGGAGGAUCUAGGGAUGCAAGAUGUCCAUUUUAAUGAGGAGGUACUCAUGGAGCUGCUGGAAGAGUGUGCUGAUGGCCUUUGGAAUGCAGAGCGCUAUGAGCUCAUCCCUGAUGUCUACAGGCUCAUCAUUCCCAUUCAUGAAAAACGCAGAGAUUUUGAGAAACUGACACAUGUGUAUGAUACCCUCCACCGUGCGUACACUAAAGUUUUGGAAGUAAUGCAAACUGGAAAACGCCUGCUGGGCACAUACUUCAGAGUGGCAUUUUUUGGACAGGGCUUUUUUGAGGAUGAAGAUCGCAAAGAAUACAUCUACAAGGAGCCAAAGUUCACACCUCUGUCUGAGAUUUCACAGAGGCUCUUGAAGCUCUACUCAUACAAGUUUGGUCAAGAGAAUGUCAAGAUCAUCCAGGACUCUGGAAGGGUGAACCCAAAGGACCUGGAUGCAAAAUACGCCUACAUCCAGGUGACACAUGUCAUGCCAUACCUCGAUGACAAGGAGUUGGAGGAGAGGAACACUGACUUUGAGAAAAGCCAUAACAUCCGUCGUUUUAUGUUUGAGACGCCCUUUACAUUGUCGGGCAAGAAGCAGGGUGGUGUAGAGGAGCAGUGUAAACGACGGACCAUUCUCACCACCACCCACUGUUUCCCAUAUGUGAAGAAGCGCAUUGCUGUCAUGUACCAACAUCAGAGUGACCUUAGCCCCAUAGAGGUCGCGAUAGAUGAGAUGAGUGUGAAAGUGGCUGAACUACGAUUGCUGUGCUCGGCCUCCGAGGUGGACAUGAUCCGGCUACAACUUAAAUUGCAAGGCAGCGUCUGUGUUCAGGUCAAUGCUGGUCCUCUUUCUUAUGCCAGAGCCUUCUUAGAUAACACUAGUGCCAAGAAAUACCCCGACAACAAGGUCAAACAGCUCAAAGAAGUCUUCAGGCAUUUUGCGGAGGCCUGUGGUCAAGCACUGCGUAUAAAUGAACAGUUGAUUAAAGAGGAUCAGCAGGAGUAUCAUGAUGAAAUGAAGGCCAACUACAGGGAUCUGACCCGGGAGCUGUCAAAUAUCAUGCAUGAGCAGAUCAAUCCAGUGAAUGAUGGCACCAGUGGCUCGUUCUCAGACUCAAUGGGCAUCUUCAGUGCCAUUAGUGGCACACCCAACAGUGCCACCAUGUUCUGAUAUGGAUAAUUUCACAUCAAACUCCGGGCUGUCCCAGCUUUGUGAUUUGUGAUUCAGUGAACUCUACACUCAAGUCCCUCAAUAAGUCCACUGUUAUUUCUUUCUGCUGCUCUCUUUUGCUGUUAUGAGUAAGUGCUUGUCGACAGUAAAUCACUAUUGACAAA